CCUGGAAAGGGUACUGCCCGCAGAAAGAAGAAGGUUGUCCACCGAACAGCUACAGCAGAUGACAAGAAACUUCAGUUUUCAUUGAAGAAACUGGGAGUCAACAAUAUUUCUGGAAUUGAAGAGGUAAACAUGUUUACCAACCAGGGAACAGUCAUUCACUUCAAUAACCCUAAAGUUCAGGCGUCUCUGGCUGCUAACACUUUCACUGUCAUCGGCCAUGCUGAGACAAAGCAGCUGACAGAAAUGCUUCCUAGCAUCUUAAACCAGCUCGGAGCUGACAGUCUGACCAGCCUGAGGAGAUUGGCAGAAGCCCUACCCAAGCAGUCUGUGGAUGGAAAAGCACCACUUGCUACUGGUGAAGAUGAUGAUGAUGAAGUUCCAGAUCUUGUUGAAAACUUCGAUGAAGCUUCAAAGAGUGAGGCAAACUGAACUAAGUGUCACUUUCUGAAUAAAACUAAAACUUGAAAAGGUUAUGGGGAGCUGCUAUUUUGUAUUAUGACUGCCUUGAUUCUAGUUCUUGAUGAGAUCUCAGGAUCUGUGAUACUUGGAAACUUCUUGAACAUGCAGCUCUUUAGUUACUGCUUGUACACAAUAUUAUUUUUGUGGCCUGACUGAGCAAAUCUAUACUUUGAAAUAAGUCAGAUUGCUAAUCUCUGCCUAGACACAACUUUUGAGUAACUUGUAUACAGGCAAACUUCUGUCUUUAAUGAACUUUGGCAUACAAUAAAAACAUGAAAGCAA